AUGAUCAUCACAGAGUCAGAAUGGGCUGCGGCCGAAUCAGGGGGCUUGCACAUUCGCGUAACAACUGAACCAGACCUGCCAAAGCCUCCCAACUACGACGAUGUCCCUGUGAUACGGAUACAACCCCAGUCGCCUGGCCUGCCUUCCCUUAGUUCACAUCCCGAGCUGCAAAAUCGUUGCAUUUCGCAGCCAGGGGCAGGACACCGACGACGUUUAGAACGACGGAGGUGUGCGAGUGCAUCUAAUCUGGCUCUGGACAUGGAUGGCAAAACCGAGCCCAUGGUCGCCAGGAAUGGUCAAGCUGUGCUCUACAACUAUCUUCAAAAACGGCAUUUCGUCCCAUUUAUCUGUGUUUUCACCCAGCUAUCCUUCAAUUCUAUGAUCCUCAGCGGUCGGGAUGACGCGACGCCUUACUACCAUAUAUCCGUCCACCUCAACUGUUUUAUUCCUUCACUGCAUGUCACUACAAUUUGCAGAGGAAAGACUUCUGAAGGAGAGCCUGUUGCGUCUUUUGAGAUGGGGAUUGCCGCAAAAAAGAGCACAGUCACGAGGGACGGCCGCGAAAAGCUCAUGGAUGUCGUAUUGUCACGGUCAGGUAGUAAAUCCGAGCCUAUUUGGGUCUGGAAAUGGCACAGCGACCCAUCCCUUCACCUCAGUUGGCAUUGUGAUAGUCCCGUUAGAUACUGCUAUCUGAGCAGCCAGAAACAUACCUCCAGCGCGACCCUACUCGCUUCAUAUACACCGGUGGCUAUGUCCCCACGUGCGGAUGGCCUACCCUCCCCCCUUCCCUCGCUGAAAUUGUUUCCCGAGGGCCAGCGGCUGUUCGACGACAUCGUUAUCUCGGCGCUCAUCCUCGAGAGGAAGAGGCUGACGCCACAGGACACUCGUAUCUUGUUCAACUAA